GGGAGGCUGACAGGAGGUGAGGAGGAAGCAUCACACAUGCUUACCCUCUUCUCUCUCCUCUCCACACCUCCCGUGGUGGUCAUUGCAUGGUGUUAGGGCUGGGAGCUGAUUUUCCCCCAUUCACUACGAGAAACCAGCCAAGCCAGAAGGAGCAACAUCCUCCUCUUCUUCCUGCAAAGCGAAGCUUAUUUGAUCCUGUCCCAGAGAUAGGCUGGGAAGAGCCAUGGCUAUGCAGAACCCGGUGGAAAACCUGCAGAGUGAAGCCUCCUGCUCCAUCUGCUUGGGUUAUUUCCAAGACCCUGUCUCCAUCCACUGUGGGCACAACUUCUGCCGUGUGUGCAUCACCCGCUGCUGGGAAGGGCUGGAGGCACCUUUCUCCUGCCCACAGUGCAGGCAGACUGCCUUGCAGAGAAUUUUCCGUCCUAGCAGGGAGCUGGCAAAUAUUGCCAAAAUCACCAGGCAGCUGAGCCUGCGGGCAGGAGGAGAAGCAGCGGGAUGGAAUUUGUGCAAGCAGCACCAGGAGGCUCUGAAGCUCUUCUGCAAGGAGGACCAGCAGCCCAUCUGUGUGGUGUGCGACAGGUCCCAGGCUCACCGCUUCCACGCUGUGGUCCCUGUUGAAGAAGCUGCCCAGGAAUAUAAGGAAGAAAUCCAAGCCUGCCUACAGGCUUUAAAGGAGGAGAGAGAAAAAUACCUGGAAAGCAGAAAAACUGGAGUAAGGAAGAGCUUGUACCUGGAGAAAACCAAAAAUGAAGGAAAGAAGAUAGUGUGGGAAUUUGAGCAAUUGCACCAAUUUCUGAAGGACCAAGAGUGCCUCCUCCUGACUCAGCUGGCAAACUUGGACCAGGCCAUCACCAGGGUCCAGGAGGAAGCAGUGGCGAAGGUCUCAGAGGAGAUGGCCCACCUCGACACGCUGAUCUGGGAGAUGGAGGGCAAAUUCCAGCAGCCGGCGAGCCAAUUCCUGCAGGACAUCAGAAGACUCUUGAAUAGUUGUGAGAUGAUGAAGUUCAACCCUCCAGUGGAGAUUUCCUCUGAUCUGGAAAGAAGGCUUGAGGACUUUGCUCAGAGAAACAUCCUCGUGAGAGACACACUGAGGAGAUGCCAAGACAGCCUGAUGUUUAAAUUGCAAGAGCCAACCGAUGUGACCCUGGACCCAGUCACGGCUCACCCCAACCUUCACCUCUCUGAGGACCGAAAACAAGCCAGGGGCCAGUUGACACAGCAGGACCUCCUGGACAACCCGGAGAGAUUUGACUUUGAACCCUGUGUGCUGGGCUGCCAGGGCUUCACCUCGGGGAGGCAUUUCUGGGAGGUGGAGGUGGGGCAGGGGGGUGUCUGGGCCAUAGGGGUGGCCCGAGCAUCAGUCAAGAGGAAGGGACCGAUGAGCUUCACUCCCAAGGAGGGGGUCUGGGCACUGGAGGCUUAUCAUUCUCUCACAUCCCCCCGUGCCAACCUGCGCCUGAACCAGCUUCCCAGGAGGAUACGAGUUGCCUUGGACUAUGAAGGGGGGCGGGUAGCAUUUUUCAGCACAGAUGAUGAUGUUCCCAUCUUGGUUUAUACUAGAGCGUCAUUCAAUGGGGAGAGGGUCCUCCCCUGGUUCAAGAUGGGGAUAGGGGCUCGUUUGCAAGAAAUCACCCAAACCCCACCCUCAGAGGACCAGUCCAUGACCAGGCAGCUGAUAUCCCCUCUGGACUGGGUAGGGUUCAGGUUUCCCCUCUGGAUCUGCCCUUGAGACAUCUGCCAGACUGACCUUAACAAAAGGGACGUGUCCUGUGUGAUGCCAGCUGUUUGCUGUGGUUGCUCAAAACAUUGUGCUGAAGGAACUUGCUGCUCCUUUCCCAGUGGAGGACAUGGGAGCUUCGGCACCUGUAUGAUGAGGAUGGGGAGGUGGGUACACCAGUGAAGAGGAAAAACCAGCCAGUACAAGGUGAUGGAGUCAGCACAUCGGAAGGAAGGGAACAUUGAGGCGUUGAUCAAGGGUGGAGAGCACUCAGAACUUUGAGAUGUGGUCUCUUUAAAAUUAUUUUGCCUUUAAUGGACUGAAUAUUCCCUGGUUUAUAUCUCUUUCCAAAGUGUUUUCUUUCUGACAUCAAUGGCAAAGCACAUCUAGAGUCUGUUCUGCCAAGGGAGGUAGCCUUUUACGACAGACUGGCUUGGUUUGGGGAGCCGGUCUCUGUAUACAUUUCUGAUGUUUAUUUUAAAUAAAAGAACAUUUUUUUUU